AUGGCCACUGCGGUUGCAGCGGCGGCAGGGCCGGGACCCGCUGCCGCUGGCGCCGCUGCUGCGGGAGCGGGAGCACCAGGACCGCCACUGCCAGCACAAAGCGGCCGCCGUGGCGGCAGCGGUAGCAUUGCUGCCCCUGGGACACCUCUGCUGCCGCUGUCUCCACCGCCACGACCUGCGUCAACGGACGCUCCAGCCGCUAUUCGCUUUCGAGCAACCAUUGAUUGGAAAGCGACAUUUGCGGCAGCCGUCUCACCCUAUGACGUGUUGCCGCCAGGCCAUCGUGCGAAGGGGAUGACAGGCUUACGGGAGCUCCGGCUUGGCGCGCUGGAAGUGCUCCUUGCUGAGGCGCCUGAGGCCGCCAAUGCGGCCGUGGAGGUGCUGCGGGCUCGGAUGUGGGACGGAGUUGCGGCCAUGGACAUGGAAUGGAAGCCCGACACGGCGCGCGGCGAGUCCCACCCCGUCGCGCUGCUACAGCUCUCAUCGGCUGGUCUUGUGGUGGUGGUGCGCACGCUGGCGUGCGGCCUGCCGGACAGCUUCCGCACGCGCUUCAUGGAGGACAGCGACGUGGAGCUGGUAGUGGCUGGUUGGAGCAGCAAUGACGAGCGCAAGUUCGAGGAGAGCUUUGGGUUGCAGACCUUUUGGUGCGAAAUCACGGAUAUCCAAAAAGUCGCAAAGGCAUGUGGACAUUCCAAAACUGGUGUACGGGCGCUCGUGCAGGCAGUGCUGGAGCCUUCCGUGGGCAUGCCCAAAAGCAAGAAAGUUUCGAUGUCUGAUUGGAGUGCACCCAGCUUGCAGCCUGAGCAGCUGAAGUACGCGAUCCUGGACGCCGCGUGUACGGAGCACGUGUUUCGUUGUCUUGAGGGAAGGUUCUAG